UGCAGGAGGCUGUGGCUUUGUCAUCUCUGUGCCUGGAGAGACUGCUGGAUGUUUGCAUUACAGUCGUUGCUGUUAUUCAUGAUGUGAGCUCAAGUGCCAGCACUUUAUACAUUUAUAUCUUAUUUUAUUUAUUUUUAGGACCCCCCCCCCCUUUUUUUUUUUAUACUGUGGGGAGGCAGCUCAUCGCCUCCAAUUUGCAGGGAGGUGGGGGGGACGUCUUAGUUUGUGCACCUCUGUGGAUCCAUCGUGGCGAGGAUCCGCAGCAGUCAGGGUCCUUGUUUUCUCUUGGGAGUGAGUGGAUUACAAGGUGAACAUCUUCAGCAUCAUCUUGCUCGUCUUUCAUUGGAGGGAUUGCCAUGGCUACAAGUACCACAGGCUCCACGGUGCUGCUCCCCCUCAGCCAUGCAGUGCAGCUGCCUAUAGACCAGGUGAACUUUGUAGCGUGCCAAGUAUUUGCCUUGCUUGCUGCUAUCUGGUUUCGUACCUACCUUAAUUCAAGCAAAACAAGCUCUUUAAUCAGACAUGUAGUUGCAACCCUUCUGGGCCUGUACCUUGCACUUUUUUGCUUUGGAUGGUAUGCCUUACAUUUUAUUGUGCAAAGCGGUAUCUCCUAUUUCAUCAUGAUCGUUAUAGGUGUGGAACAUAUGCACAAAUACUGCUUUGUGUUUGCUUUGGGAUACCUCACCUUGUGCCAAAUAGCAAGAGUCUAUAUUUUUGAUUAUGGACAGUAUUCUGCAGAUUUUUCCGGGCCAAUGAUGAUUAUUACACAGAAAAUAACAAGCUUGGCUUUUGAAAUCCGAGAUGGAAUCUUUUGUAAAGAAGAAACAUUGACCCCAAGUCAGAGAAGACUGGCCGUUAGACGCAUGCCAAGUCUGCUGGAGUAUUUAAGUUACUGCUGUAAUUUCAUGGGCAUUCUUUGCGGACCGUUAUGCUCGUAUAAAGACUAUAUUGCUUUCAUAGAAGGCAGAUCGUAUCACGUGAAAGAAGCUGAAGUCAAUGGAAAAGAAGACCUAAAAUAUGAUCACAAGGAACCAUCUCCUAAUACAGUUGUCGUGCAUAAAGUUGUGGUCUGUGCAAUAUCCUUAGGAUUCUACAUGACUGCUACGCGGAUAUUACCUGUAGAAUACAAUAUAGAGGAACGCUUUCAGGAAACCUCAUCAGCUCCCACAAGAGUCAUAUAUCUCUACUUGUCUCUAAUGGCUGCAAGACCAAAGUAUUAUUUUGCUUGGACCUUAGCGGAUGCGAUCAAUAAUGCUGCAGGUUUUGGGUUCCAAGGCUACAACAAAAACGGUGACGAGAACUGGGAUCUAGUUUCAAAUCUGAACAUCAAAAAUAUAGAGUUCUCUACAAGCUUUAAGAUGUUCAUUGAUAACUGGAACAUACAGACUGCACUGUGGUUAAAGAGAGUAUGUUAUGAACGCGCCACUUCUAGCCCGACAGCUCGGACCUUCCUAUUGUCAGCGGUUUGGCAUGGCGUAUACCCAGGAUACUACCUGACCUUCUUUACUGGAAGUUUAAUGACGCUGGCAGCACGAAACAUAAGAAGCAAUGUUCGACAUCACUUUCUUCAAUCUUCAGAACUAAAAUUAAUGUAUGACAUGAUGACGUGGAUAGCAACACAAGUGGCAAUUAGCUACACAGUAGCACCGUUUGUGCUCUUAUCAGUAAAGCCAUCACUACAGUUUUACAGCUCCUGGUACUACUGCCUCCACAUUCUCUGCAUAUUGGUGCUGUUACUUAUGCCAGCCCGGGCCAGAAAAAAGGAAAGAACUGAAAAGGAAUCCAUUGCUCCUCCACCAGAGAAAGUGAAUAAAGAAGAAGACAAUUCCGAACACAACAGCCAUGCCACCACCAACAAUAACAGCAGUCAGCGGGAAGAGACAGCCUGGAGGCGCCCCGGCGCGCCCCAAUGACCCACAGACGACAUUUUAUAUGUUUUUACAGUUCCAUUUUUAGAACCUCCUAUCGGUUUGUGAAUCGUGCACAGGACAAGAUGGUAUUACAAAACAUUUUAAUGUAAGGAUAGUACUGCAAGGGAAGCUCGUUGACCCCACAAUGCCAUGCCAUGUGGGCCUAGCCUUACAAUAUUUCCAUUAUUUUAUAAUGGGCACUCAGGACUUGUAACAUACGCUCUUAGGACAGUGUUAUGUGUAUGUUCCUUUAAUGAUCGUAUGAUGUCUCCAGGCAUUGCAGGGGUUAACAAAUUGGGCACAAAUGGUAGAGAUCCGGAAAAAAAUGUUUCCAAACCCUUUGCCUUAAUCCCUUAAUUGUCUCUCUAUCUCUCUAACGAAUGAAAGUACUGAUGUGUUGCGGGCUUGGAUACGAGUAAUCAUCCUCUUCAUGGUGCUGCCAAGAACAGUAGUGAUAAAGCAGUAUUCAAACGAGAUCACGUGAAAUGAAGGGACUAGUCAGGCAGCUCUGCUAGUCCGUCCAACCAAACCACAGCCAUGAGAUGAGGCGACCAACAUGUGGUAGGAUCCUGAAGAUCGCAUUUGUAGGGUUGUCACUGCAGGAUUGCAGCACUGUGUCACUAUAUCCUAUUGAUAUCCUGUAGAAGUGGAAAUUCCAGGUUCUCCAUCGCCACCGUCUUUUCUAUAUCUCCAUACGCUUAUACAUUUUUAGGACUUGGUUAACCAGAUAUGGACCUCAACAUGGUCAAAGGUCAGGAUAUUAUUUCUUCGUAGACUGUCAGACCUCAUGUCUUUAAGAACGAAGUCAGUGGCUCUAUGGGAGUUCAGCGUCCGUUUGACUUUUAUAGGCUCCUCAUCGUUCUUUUCAGAGGCCACAUGGUCAGCCAGUUAUAAUCAGUAACAGAUCACGUGGCCGCCAAAAAAGCUGAAUAGGCGCGUGGCUUUCCUAGCUAUUGUAUUUUACUGACGGACAUCCUAGUAAUGUGCCCUCAGUGUCUUAAAGGGCAUCUGUCAGCAGUUCUGUACCUAUGACACUGGCUGACCUGUUACAUGUGCGCUUGGCAGCUGAAGACAUCUGUGUUGGUUCCAUGCCCAUAGGUGCUCGC